AUGUCCGUGAGAACAUCAGGUAGAUCCAACAAGGGUCACAAUAAAUACAUACAGCGGAUACUGGAAGAGGAGAAAGGGUCUGGUAAUAGUGGUGGUAAUGAGAGUGACGAUAGUGUAAGAUGUCCAGUUUGUAGGACUUUUGACUAUAAUUAUGACGCCAACGAGGAUACACACGGUGAUAUGGUUCAGUGUGACGGUUGUAAUACAUGGCAGCACAUUGAAUGUAUGUCCGAUGGUAAGGGUAUGGACUCGCUUUUGGACUCCGACGGUAAAUAUCACUGCGAAAGGUGUAAACCCGAAAACUAUCAAAAUGCCAAGUGGUUGACAAAGGAACAAGAACAGAACCCUGAAAGUAAUGAUUAUGAUAAUGACAAUUAUUUGAGUGAAAGUGAUUCCGAAGCCGAAAGUGUUAGGGCACCAAGAAAAAGACGCAAGACUCAUGGCAGUGUCAGCGGUAAAUCUGGCACUGAGCCCAAGGGUAGUGCGGGCAGUACGACAGGCGGUUCAUCUGGUGACGCUAGAUUAAGGGAAAAUGCUCAGAAGAUGCUUCACCAAUUGUUUGAUAAAUAUAUUAUACCCGCCACUGUCGAAGCGAAACUUUAUGCCUUGCCCGAUGAUCAAGAUGAUGAAAAAGAUAUCGCACUAGAGAAAUCUCAAGAACUGGAAAGGGAAUUGUACAACGUCUAUCCCGAUCACAGAAACUACACUGAAAGGAUACGUACGAUUUUUUCGAAUCUUAAAGAUGCUAAAAACUUGUCUUUGAAAGCACAUGUAAUAAAGGGACAGAUUACAACGUCUCAAUUGGUGAGAAUGAGUGCUACUGAGCUUGCAAAUCCUGAUUUACAAGAAUUUAGAGAAAAGAUUGACGAACAGGCAUUGACUCAGUUGGUAGUUGAACAACCAGGUAGACCUAGAUGGGUAAAGACUCACAAGGGGGAAGAGUUAAUUGAAAAUCCAGAAGAGAAUAACAACGGUGGUGACCUAGAACCAGACAUCUUUACAAGAGAAAUCGUCCACAGAGAAGAAACGGCAGUGAAAGAACCCAGUCCGACACCGGAGAAAAGUGUAUCACCAGGGCCCCCUCCUGUUCGGAUUAAUGUGAAAUAUCCGGAAUUGGCUAUUGAGCUGAGCGGUACAAUUGAUUACAUCGGAUCAUCCAGCGAACUGGUAAAAAAUCCGUACAGGGAAGCGCUAGGCGAUGGCAAAUUAUUAGUUGAAGGUCGUCUUUCCAAGGCUAAAGUCUUGAAAUAUUUAUCAGAAAUGCAAUCGACAAGAACAUUUCUACUGUAUCGUAUACGACCUGAUGAAAAUUGUAAUUCUGAAUUUAAACAAGUUUAUGAAUUCUUGUGGGAAAAUGAAAAAAUAUCAGGAAUUCAAAUUAAAAGAUCUUAUCAAAAGAAUAUCUAUCUAAUACCUAGUUUUGGUUACGAUCAUCAUGUGAUUAAAGAUAUUGCAAUGGCGGCAGGGGAGUUCGACAGAGAAGCUGAUAAUCCAAUACUUUUCUUACUUACAGUGAUUAAACCUGAACUAGUUAGGUAA